AUGCGUAACUUGCUAGCAUACGUCCCUAGGGGCCCGUACACACAGCUGAUUUUGAUGAUAUGCGUACUUGGGCUGUUCCUUGCAACCAUCUUUCUCUUCGCCCUCCAAUCGAAGAAAGACUCAGACCCUGCCCCGAACAGCAUAGAAGCGUACCUCAAAUUCAUUUACGGUUGCUUCUUGAAGCCCCACACAGGCGAUGGCACCGGAAGCCAGCAAGAUGCUCUUGAGAGCUUCUACAAAGCGCAGGCCGGCGUUUAUGAUGCUACACGGGUAAAGUUACUUCGAGGUCGUGAGGAUAUGCUCGGCUUGGUUGCAGCACAGCUGAAGCACCGUACUGAUGCUGGUCUGAUCUCUCAGCGCCCUGUCUGGGUUGAUCAUAUGAACAACUUCAUCUCUGUCACGGAGUUCUUCCGCGCAAUCUAUAUUGUCGAUCUGUCUCCAAGUCUGUGCGAAAUGGCUCGCAAACGCUUCACUCGCCUUGGCUGGAAGAAUGUCAAGGUCAUUUGUCAAGACGCACGCGCCUUUCGUCUCCACGAACACGAGCCACAAGCAUACGAGCGAAAGGAAAAUAAAGUGCAAGGGCAGACUGUGCGCGAUCUGGACGAGAACGCGGACGCCGGGGGAGCCGAGCUUGUCACCAUGAGCUACGCUCUAUCCAUGAUUCCAGAGUUCUACCCUGUGAUCGACUCGAUCGACAGUCUGUUGAACCCUCACGGUGUUGUUGGUGUUGUGGACUUCUACGUCCAGAACCAGAUCGACUUUAGAGGUCGCAACUACAUUGGUGGUGCAAUUGACCGCCACUGCAUGUGGCUAUCAAGGGUAUUUUGGCGAACCUGGUUCGAAGUCGAUCGCGUUAACCUUGAGGCUGCCAGAAGGGACUACCUUGAGUACCGGUUCGGUACCGUACUCAGCAUUAACGCUCGUAACAACUUCUUCGGCACUGGCAUCAAGCUCCCCUACUAUAUUUGGGUCGGCUGCCCCAAGGACAGCGGAGUAUCGACCCAGAAGCUCGCUGAGAUCGAUGCCGCCGCUACGGAAUCGCCAUACCUAUCUGCUUUAGAUCUUCAAACUGGCGAUGCACAGACUGAUGUUGAGAUCCGCUCGAAAGCCUACGAGUCCGCCAUCGUCAACCUGCAGUCAUCACUUCCGCUUCCAGCAACUUGGUACCAGAACCACCACUGGCGCAUUCAUUACGAUUCAGCGCUCCUUAAGCAUACCCGCUUCAACAACUCAUACAUCUACGCGUUCACCUGGGAAGACGACGUCGCCGAUCACCGCAUCCUGAAACCUACAGCCAGCGAUGUCAUCCUUGCAAUUGGAUCUGCAGGUGAUAACAUCCUGUCAUUUUGUCUCGCUAACCCACGUCGAGUCCACGCUGUCGACUUGAACCCCUCGCAGAACCACCUUCUGGAACUUAAGGUUGCGGCCUUUACAGCACUGGGCUAUCAAGACGUCUGGAAGCUUUUCGGCGAAGGCAAGCAUGGUGAAUUCAAGAACAUUCUGAUCCAGAAGCUCAGCCCUCACCUUUCAAGCGAAGCCUUUCAAUUUUGGCUGCACAACGGUCCUUCGGUCUUCUCCAACUCUUCAAAGGGUCUCUACUACUCCGGCGGCUCCGGUAACGCCCUCGCAAUGGGGGGCUGGCUCUUCCGCCUCCUCGGCAUGUCCUCAGACGUCAAGAAACUCUGUGAAGCCCAGACCCUCAACGAGCAACGCGAGAUCUGGCAGCGCAGUAUUAGAACCGUUCUCCACUCCAAGAUCCUCACUUACUGCAUUCUUGGCAACGAGAAGUGGCUUUGGAAAGCUCUUGGCGUACCACCUGCCCAACGCGCCGUAAUCGAGGCUGAUUUCGUCAAGACCGCCGACUACUCUGAGACCGAGACCAGGAAGGAUGCUGGUGACGAAUAUAUGGCAUUUCACGACGAGCCGUCGGACGAAGCGCUGAAGCAGACCUCCGGAAACGCGAUCUACGAAUACGUCCUCAACACCUUUGAGCCAGUGAUCAACACUACCUUGCUCAGCACCCAGAACCACUACUAUCUCCUCACUCUCCUCGGCCACUACACGCCCACAUCGCACCCCACCUACCUCUCGCCGAAGAGUCAUGUCAAGCUCAGCAAACCAAACGCAUUCAAAGGACUGCGCAUCCACACUGACGAGAUCAGUGAGGUCAUUGCGCGAAUGCGUCCAUCAACCUUGACCAUCGUGGUGGUGAUGGAUAGUAUGGAUUGGUUCCCGCCGACUGGCCAGCAGGCUGUGAAGCAGAUCCGUGCUCUGAACACAGCGCUGAAAGUCAAGGGCAGGGUGAUGUUGAGGAGUGCAGGACUGGAGCCGUGGUACCUGAAGGUGUUUGGUGAGAAUGGAUUCAGCUGCAAGAGAGUCGCUGCCAGGAUACCGGGAAGCUGCAUUGAUCGUGUGAAUAUGUACGCGUCGACGUGGAUCUGCACAAAGGAGGUUGGUCUCGAGCAGGAGGAUAUCAAGACACGGUUGAGACAGACUAGCCUGGCGGAGCUGAAGCUCGAGGCGCCGGCUAUGCACGUGGAUGAGUAGUUGCGCACUUGAAAUCCCUUGUCUGCUGCAAAUGUCUGAGCCAAAAUACCAAAACAAUUGAGGCAUAAUCAUUGACAUUGCAUCGUCCACCAGUACAAGGCAUCUGCGUCACAUCGCAUGUUCUUUGCCCUAUACACGAGUCGCACUUCGAUAGUGCC